AUGCCAACGCCUAGGUGUGCCACAGGAGCAACACAUAUACCCGGUGUUGGUGACAUAGUUGUUGGUGGGUAUGUAGAAACUGAAGGCGUUAUGCAGCAUACCGACAAAGCCGAAAUCCUUUUGACAACUGCAUCGCCUCUUGGACAUGCAGGCAGUUGGUGUGAAAUCGCUCCCAUGCUUCGUUCGAGUGGUUUUCCUGCAGCAGAAUUUUUCAAUGGAAAUGUAUACGUCGCUGGUCAUUUGCUUGCUUCAACGUCUGUGGAGAUGUUGUCAUUAUUUUCCGAAGGACCUCCUCAGUGGACCAAAGUGAUCAACGCCCCCUUUUCAACAGUUUCGAUAAUCUCUUUUAAUGGAGGUCUUAUGUUUGGUGGAGAAUUUUCUAAAUCAGAAUUUAUCUGUGUCUACACUGUAAGACAAACUAAUUUUUAUCUUGAUUUUGCUGUGGUUUUUGUUGAAGGCACACCAGAUCCCUGGUACUUUUCGCUUUGA